UCUUUCGCAUACGCCAUAUCGUCAGCCGGAGUAACUCAUCAAGUUUCGAAAGCUUGUAGUAUGGGAAAGCUCAAAUCUUGUGGAUGCGACAUGAGUGUUUAUGGUAAUCAACAGAACUUUGAAUGGGGUGGUUGCAGCCACAAUAUCAAUUUCGGGGCAAAAUAUGCCUCCAAAUUCCUCGAUUCCAAAGAACGUACCAGUCGUGAUAUUCAUGCUCAAAUUAAUCUCCAUAACAACAGAGCUGGUCGAUUGGCCAUCAUUCGACAUGUACGUAAACAGUGUAAGUGCCACGGUAUGUCUGGAAGCUGUGAACUGAAAACCUGUUGGAAAGCAGCUCCAGACUUCCGGGCAGUGGGAACUAUACUGAAGAAGAAGUACGAUAGGGCGACCAAGGUCGAUAUUACAAACAGUGCCAAUACAAAACUUAUCAAACGCAAUGGACGUAUACCAAAACACUUAGAGCUUCUGUUUUAUGAGAAAUCUCCGAAUUUCUGCGAUCCUAAUCCGUUAGUGGACUCGCCAGGUACGACUGGACGAUUGUGCAAUAAAACAAGCGGUGGUAUAAACAAUUGCGAAACGCUGUGUUGCGGACGCGGGUAUAAUACGUUACGUGUCAAACGUACAGAACGUUGUCAUUGUAAAUUUUUCUGGUGCUGUUACGUUACGUGUAAGACUUGCGAGUACGACGAAUGGGUUACUGUGUGUAAAUAA